AGCUCUCCGCCGACCCCCAGGCCCUGACCCCGCGCCCAUGGCCGCGCCGGGACCCCGCGCCCUCCGGGCUGCGCUCUGUGGCGGCUGCUGCUGCCUCCUCCUGUGUGCCCAGCUCGCUGUGGCUGGUAAAGGAGCUUUGGGCUUUGGGCGAGGAGCCCUGCUCCGCAUGAACAUCUGGCCAGCUGUCCAAGGGGCCUGCAAACAGCUGAAGCUCUGUGAGCAUUGUGUGGAGGGGGACAGAGCACACAACCUCUCUAGCUGUGUGUGGGAGCAAUGUCGGCCAGAGGAGCCAGGACACUGUGUGGCCCAAGCUGAGGUGGUCAAGGAGGGUUGCUCUGUCUACAACCACUCAGAGUCAUGUCCAGCUGCCCAUCACCACCCCACCUAUGAACCGAAGACAAUCACAACAGGUAGGCACUACCUGAGGAAUGGGGCGGCGGGAGGACUAGAAGUCCAGGGAGGGACAGAGCUGGGCUCCGGCCCUGAUGUGCUCUGUGACCUCAGCCCUGUGGCUUCUCCCUCUGGGCCUAUUUCCUCACCUGUAAAAAGGGUUGGGUACUACCUCACAGAGUGGCUGUGAGGAUUUUAUGAGAGGAUGUAUAGCGCCUAGUUCCAUGUCUGAGGCACAGAAGGUGAUCAAGAAAUGAUGGUUCCCACCCCUUCUCCCCAGUACCAGUUCUGAGAACUCAGGUGAGCCCGCAGGACCUGCUGAGGGUACUGGCUCAGGUGCUGAGGGUACUGGUUCAGGUGCUGAGGGUGCUGGCUCAGAUUGUCAAUAAGAUGUCCUCAGUGACUACCUACUGCAAUCUCCAGGCCCAGAGAGGGUCACAGAGCAGGUUCCCAGCAGAACAGAGGCAGGAACCCCACCCCGUGGUUCCCACUGCUCCUCAGGACCUGGAGGUCAGCAGGCUUGGCAGGGAUGGCUGAAGAGGCUCUUGUUUAAUUAAAGCCAGAAAUGUGAUCUCAGAGGCUGAAUUAUUGAUGGCUCAGCUCCCUCCGGCUCGAGCCCCAGAUAGGUCUGUGCAACUCGUUUCUUCCCUCUUCUGCUCCUCUUCCCCCAGUGUCCUUCUCUGGUGCUGCAGCUGGGACUGCCCUUUGCCCUUCAUAUUCUCAGACCCCCUUACACAAGCUACGCCC